AUGUUCACAGACACGCGUGAAGAACUUAUAUUGACUGAAGAAAANNNNGAAUCUUUCGUGCUCCGUGGAAUACGGUAUGGGCCAAAUGGUCGUACCCAGUUGGAUAUCUAUCUCCCAGCUGAUUACUACUGGGACCCUCCAGAGAAGCGUCGUCAGAAAAAGCUCCCCAUUGUUAUCAAUGUGAUGGGCGGUGCUUGGGUGAUCGGGUUCCGCGCAUGGUCGGCGUGUAUGGGCCGACGUCUUGCCUUUGAGAGAGGCGCCCUCUUUGUGGCCCCCGACUACCGGAAUUUCCCACAGGGCAAGAUAGAUGACAUGGUCGAAGAUGUCAACAACUGCAUAAAUUGGGUGUUCGAAAAUGCCGAUCGUUAUGGUGGUGACAUUUCCAAUGUGAUUCUCACAGGCCAGAGUGCUGGAGCUCACAUUGUGGCGAUGUUGCUUAUCAACAAGGCGAUCAAGGAGGAGAAAGCUGCUAUCAAGAACGUGGAGCUGAACCAGAUGUGGUCACUGAGCAAUAUCCGGGCGUUCGUAGGGAUAUCUGGACCCUACGACAUGGUGUCUAUCGUUCCACAUCUCAACAGUCGAGGACUAUACUCAAACGUUGUGAUGGCUAUGAUGGGCAAUGAUUUGUUCCGAGUCUCCCCGACUAGAAUUCUGUCCGAGUCCACUGGCAGGAGCAAAGCGGCUAUGCACAGGCUUCCUGAGAUAUACCUGUUCCACGGUGAUUCUGACGUUACUGUGCCUAUUGAGUCAUCCGUCCAAUUCAAGAAAGCUCUGCAGUAUUGCGGUGUCCAGCACGUAACCUUCAAAGUGUUACCAGGCUGUGGUCAUUCUGAUCCGAUUGUCGAGUGUCCUAUCCGAGGAGGCAAAGACCCUCUUAUUGAACAGUUGGUGCCAAUUGUCUUCGCGAAGUCGCCUUUGUUACUAGAGAGUCGUGUGGGACAAGCACUCCCGAUGAUGAACACGACCAUUUUGGCUAUCGCGAGUGCUAUCAUGCCCUUCUAA